AUGAAACCAAUAAAAAAUAAUAAAUUUAGUGACGAUGAAUUAAGUAGCAGUAGUAGUAGUAGUGAUUUUGGUAGUGAUGAUGAACCAAUAAAUGUAAAUAAUAAUAAUAAUAAAAUAAAUAAUAAAAAAGGCGGUAAAAAUAGUAAUUACAAUGAACCAAUGGAAGAAGAUGAAGAUGAUGAAGAAUUAGAUAUUGGUGAUGAAAAUUCAACAUCAAAUAAUAAUAAUAAUAGUGGAGGUAAAAAUAAAAAUAAAAAUGAAGAUGAAGAUGAAGAAUUUAAUGAAGAUGAAGAUGAAGAAUUUAAUGAAGAAGAAGAGGAUUUAGAAGAUGAAGAAGACGAUGAAGAAGAUGAAGAAAUUGAAGGUAAUAAUAAAAAUAAUAAUAAUAAUUUAAUUGGUACAAGUAGACAAAAAGAUAUGAAAAGAGGUAGUGGUGGUGGAUUAAAUCAAAAACUAUUGGCACCAAUACCACAAGAAGUUAAAAAGAUAAAAGUAUUAACAGAUGAGAUGAAACAAAAAAAGAGUGAAAUUGCAUUAUAUAGAAGAAAUAAAAAGAUAGAAGAAGAUGAAGCGAGUAUGAGAGAUGUCGUUAAUCAAUUAUUUUAUAGAAAAGCUGCUACAAAAGAAACAUCUGCUGAGGAUGAAAAAAAGCCCUCAAGACAUGAUUUAUUUUUAAAACAAAUAAAUGGUAAAACAGUUUGUUAUAAGGAUGAUAGUGAUAAUGGUAAAACUUUAUCAUAUCCGAUUGGGCAUCCAAUGAUUGAACAAAUUGAAAAAGAUAAAGAAAUAAGUAAAAAUACAGCAACAGCAACAGCAACAACAACAACAACGACAACAGUUAAAAUCAAUACACCAAUUAAAUGCUCAGUUUUAAAUUGUAAUAAUAUUAAAAGAUAUAAUUGUCCAAAAAAUAAUCUUCCAGUUUGUACAUAUGAAUGUUGGCAAAAAGUAAUGAAUACUCCUGUUACUACCACAACAGCAACAAAUCUACAAUAA